GGGAGGGGAGGGGAGGGGGAGGGGGAGGGAGCGAGGGCAGGACAAAGGCUCAUGAGGGAGUCUGGAAGCCUCGUUCUUGCGCUCUGUUGAUGCUGUUGCGGGUGUCGUUGCAACACUGUUGUAGCUGGUGCUGGUGUCGGGCCUAGUGCUCUAGUGCUGGGCGAAAUUGAAGCGGUCGGGAGCUAGAUUCCUCAAGAUUGGAUCGGCUGCAGAAGCGAAGGAUUUUGCUGCGGGAUCUGCCAGGGGGUGAGACGAGCAGUACGGGUGGGCGGGUUGGUUGGUUGGUUGGUUGAUUGAUUGAUUGAUUCCGAGCAGCACGAGAGAGGAAGGAAGGGAGACAGAGAGCAGGACGAGACGGUUCGACCGGUGGUGGCAGAGGAAGGGCGAGGUGCCUUUGGUGGUAUUGCUGUUGCUGCUGCUGCUGCUGCCGCCGCCUAGGUGAAGGAGAGUGACAGGGAGUGGCUGGCGCGCUGCCUUGCUUCUGGGGCGAGGGUUGAGAGCGAGGAUCUUUGGACAAGAGGCGGGAGAAGAUUAGCGUUUCGGGUUGGGUUCCGGGGCGACCUUGGCGUUACACUGCAACAUGUCGGGAACCACCGCCAAUAGCAAUCUACCUCGCAGGAUCAUAAAGGAAACGCAGCGAUUGCUAAGUGAACCAGCACCGGGCAUAAGUGCGUCACCUUCGGAGGAGAACCUGCGUUACUUCAAUGUCAUGAUUUUGGGCCCGACACAAUCUCCAUAUGAAGGGGGUGUGUUCAAGUUGGAGCUCUUCUUACCUGAAGAGUAUCCUAUGGCUGCUCCUAAGGUGAGAUUCUUGACAAAGAUCUAUCACCCAAAUAUUGACAAGUUGGGGCGAAUCUGCCUUGAUAUCCUGAAGGACAAGUGGAGUCCAGCACUUCAAAUUCGAACUGUUCUUCUCAGUAUACAGGCAUUACUAAGUGCACCCAACCCAGACGAUCCUCUUGCUGAGAAUAUUGCUAAGCAUUGGAAGACUGACGAAGCUCAGGCUGUCGCAACAGCGAGGGAGUGGACUCGACUUUACGCAACUGGAGCGUAAUUCAGAGAUAAUCAUUAAGGAGAGCUUACAUGGAAAGUGGAUGCGAUUUAGAGUUCCCAGGCAGGCGCAGCAGUAGACAGAGAGUUGAUAUAUCACAAUCUAUCCUCUGUUAUGGCUGGUCACAACGGAAUGAAGACCUAACUUGAAGCAUCAUGGAGGUUCAGUUGCUUUCAGUCAAAACUACACCCAGAUACUACGGAGGUCAGAAAUAGGCCCUUGAAUCUGGAAAGGACUUAUCUAUUUAGUGCCACAACCCCAAACGAGCAACAGACUUCCUCGGCUUCAUGUCCAGCAACACUCCCUGAAGAUGCCGGGCCUUAUUCAUGAUCAUGGUUUUGUUUGCUCUAGAGUUAUUUUCUUUUCCAAUCUGAUAUAAGUUAGAAGGUGUCCAAAGCGUUCUAGACUUUUACUUUUGCCACAUUCGAAGGAUGAUUUUUCUAGCCCGUUGGUUCUAUUCUUUCUUAGCUGGUUGUGGCCAAAGACCAGGAGUUUGCUUCUCUUCCACAUGUAUAUCUGUGCAGACGACGAGUGUAAAGUUGGUUCUCAAACUGUCAAUCAAAUGCUGCACCACUUACAGCGAACUCUUAAACACCACCCGUUGUGAUGUUUUAUGAAGAAGUUUAUACACGAGGUCAAGUCUGAAAAGUCACUUCAGGACAUAUUUCAGGC